CAAAGAAAGACAUUCAGUCACUUUUGAUGCUUGCCGCGGCUAUAGCCAAUCUGCGAUCUUGCACCAAAACGACGGUACCUUAGGCCUCAUUAGGGCGAGUUGCCCUACGUUGACGCCUCGUCUCGCCUGCCUUACCUUGCCUUAGCUGGAGGGGUGCUCACAGCGCGAGUCCCAGUACGUACCGGAUCAAGACGCGAAAUGGCGUCACGAAAAAGGGAGGAGCAGGGGGGGCCGCCGGAUUGGGGAGGGGGCUCUUGCCUUGACCCUGCAGCCAGGUGUCGCCUUAUCCCCGAUGCCUCACCUUACGUCCUAGGAGGAAGGAACCAACCUCAAUAUCAUACUUCCACACGGCAGUCGAUUAUUCGAUCGAAUAUUUGCGCAACAUGCAACAAUCUGCACGAAAUGAUCCAUUUCCAGCAGAUAGAGACACAUCGAUCAACCUCCUCAAACGCAGCCACUUUGGUGCAUUCACCUCAUCAGCCACAACCCAGACAUAUCCCCUCUCCACCUUCACGAUUGUCGGAGGCCCCAACCACGCCAGCCUCAGCAAUAAGAAUGCGAGCCGUACUUCUCUCACGGCUAUGGCGAUUAUCUCAGCAAACGCUGCUUGCUUCUCUGGUCUCCGCCAUGCGAAUGCCCUCGCGAUUCGCACCGCAUCCAGCCGGACCUAAGCAAUAUCUGCCCGGUAAUGGUUCGCUUGGAAUGCGCCGGCUCAGUCCCUCAUUCCAGAUGCUGCUCGUCGAUCGGGCCCUUCCCGCUCGCAUGUCUCUACCUAAUCAGCCGCUGCCCGCUGGACGAGCACGAACGACGAAAUGGCGGAUGCGACAAACACCAUAGAGCGAGUUGCAUUUAAGACAUUGGUCUCCUUUCAUUUGUUUCCCCCCCCCCCGUCGCUGGCUUCCUCCACGCGAACCUCCUCUACGACUUCUCCAUAUGCUGGCCGACGUAAGCCUUCAAGGACCACUGUCGACUUGCACCCGACUUGUGCUAGAGCCAGCGUGACAUGUCGUGAUAUUAACCUUUGCCGCACCUAUCUUCGUGCCUUACUUUGCUAAUCGAUUGUGCGCGCACCAUGUUUCGAAACAGUUUGAUGGUGUCAGUUUCGGCU